CACACACACCGCUUUAACAAUAAAUUAUUAAAUUAUUAUUAUUUAUUAUUUUGGUGGUGCACCGUGCAGGUUAGAGCGUGUUCAGUAUUAAAGCUAACUUGUUACUCCUUUUCAACAACAAAUAACGUUAAAAAAAUAAUUCAAUUUGUUGUUAAUUAAUCAAAAACUAUUAAUUGAUAUUAUUGAUUAAAUAUAUUUUGAAUAAACAAUUGAUAAAAAUGUGGGAUAGCAAAAAUGAUACAUCAGUUACUAAUGGAGCCGGUGGAUUUAUGGAUGAAUCAUAUUCAGUCCAAACUCCAGCAGCUGAGAAUAGAAGAACAGAAAGUAAUUGUAUUAUACCAGUUACAGUAAAACAAUUGUACAAAGGUACACCUGAUAAAUUUACUGUUAGUGGUCAUUCAGCUAAACUUGUAUGUAUUUAUGCAGUUGUUCGUAAAAUUGAUAUUGUUGCAACAAAAAUAUCAUAUGAAAUUGAUGAUGAAACAGGAACAAUAACAGCAGUACGUUGGCUUGAAACUGAAGACAGAGAUGAUAGUAUUCAAGUUAAUAAAUAUGUCAGAAUAAUUGGAAGUCUACGUGAACAAGCUGAUCUUGGUCGUUAUUUUUUCAUAUUAAAUAUGGAACCAGUAAAGAAACUUGCUCAUGUUUAUUCACAUAUAUUAGAAAUAACAAAUAUGGCACUACUUGAAGAACAAGGUACAGAAAAUGUAAAUGAUAAUGAGGUCACUGAUGGACUUGGUAAAGAUCCUUCAAUUAUUUUACAAAUUAUUCGUAAUUGUUCUGAUGAAGAAAAUGGUAUUGAAAGAAAUGAUCUUGUAUCAAAAUUACCAAGUAAUAUUACUCCUGCACAAGCUGAUGACAUACUUGAAUUUUUAACUUCUGAAGGACAUAUUUAUACAACUUGCACUGAUGAUUAUUUCAAAGCCACAUAAUUAUUUAUCAUUUUUCUUUUUUUCUUUGAAAUUUAAUUGGUUUUUUUUUUUUUGUAUCAUAAGGGAUUAAAGUGCCUUUAUUACUUUUCAUAAUGUAACAAUUUAAGUUAAUUUUUCAUAAUUAGUCCAUUAAGAAUAUCAAAAUAAAAAAUGAUUUUUCAUACAAA